AUGUCGUUCCCAGAGGUUUCCUCCUGGCUGCGGGAGGAACUGCAGCGCCGCGUUGGCGCUGCUACGCGCUCCCUUGUGGCAGCAGUUCAAGCAGCAGCAGAUGCAGCCCCCAACUCUCACCAGCUGUCUCAAACGUUGCAGCAGGAGCUGCACUUUCCGCAGAAGGAUGCGGACGCACUUGCUCCUGAGCUGUUUCGUCGCAUGGCCGCAGCAGAAGCAGCAGCAGCAGAAGCAGCAAAAGCAGCAGCUGCCGCCGAAGAGGCCGCAGAAGAAGCAGAACGCGAAAGCAGGAAGAGGCCCAGAGACGAAGAGACAAAUGCCCCGACGGAGGAGAGUUCGGAUGCGGCAGAAGCCGCGGCUUUUGCAGCACGCCUGCGUGCGCGAGAUGCUGCGUCGCAGAAGAAGGUAGGAGCUGCAGCAGAACGUCAACGGCAGCUAGAUCGGGAAGCGGAGGAAGCAGCAGCAGCAGCAGCAGCAGCAGCGGAGCCUGUAAAGGAGUUGCGGACGGUGGAAGAUGUGCUGCUGGAGGCGAAGAAGCGUCCGAACGAGAAGCUGAAAGAUAAUGAGGCGUACAUGCAGCGGCUGCGAGAGGAGGCACGUCGUGCCUACCUUAAGAAGAGGGAGGGGGAUCAGGUGCUGCUGCAGGAGAGGAAAGUCCAGGAUAGGGAGUGGCUGUACAGCCAAGUUGGUGAUAAGCUAACUGCUGAGGAGCGCAGGGCCCUUGAGCUGCGAAAGGAAACUCUUCAGCUGGCUAAGACGGCCAUUCAAGAACGACAAGGCCGCGAGGAGAUCGAGGGAUAUAUCAUGCCCGAGGCGUACGACGAAGAUCUACAGGCUAGGCUGCGCGUGAUGCACCAGCCCUAUCAAGAGCCGAAGCAGCAGCUGACGGAGCAGCAACUGCUGGAGAAGCAGAAGACUCAGGCAGCCCUGGUCCGUUUCGGGGCUAAAGAAGGUAGAGAGCAGGCCCCCGCCUACAAGCUCGUCGAUGAGACGGGAGCAGCAAUUGAAUUCGAAGCCAGAGAAAUGCAUGGUUCGUUAACUCCUGAGACAGAUGCCAGCGCGCCAGCACCGGCUCAAGCCGCAGAGGCUGCCCAAAAGGCCAAGGGUCAGAGUCUGCAGGACCAGCGUCGGCUGCUCCCAGUGUACGCGUACCGAGAGGAAUUUCUGCGGGCCGUGGCUAAAUACCCCGUGCUCGUAGUUGUGGGGGAGACGGGAUCGGGGAAGACAACGCAGCUGCCUCAGUUCUUGCGGGAGGUUGGAUAUGCCAAGGCAGGGAUAGUGGGCUGUACGCAGCCGCGGCGCAUUGCAGCGAUGUCUGUUGCAGCGCGAGUUGCUCAGGAGGUCGGCUGCCGCCUAGGCUUGGAGGUGGGUUAUUCUAUCCGAUUUGAGGACUGCACAUGCGACAAGACGGAGCUGAAGUAUAUGACGGAUGGGAUGCUACUGCGGGAGUUCCUGACAGAGCCUGACCUUCAGUCUUAUUCUGCUCUCAUGAUAGACGAGGCACACGAGCGCACAUUACACACAGACGUCCUCUUCGCCCUUGUCAAGGACCUUUCCAGGUAUCGCGAGGACUUCCGCCUGAUUAUAUCGUCGGCAACGUUAGAAGCUGAGAAAUUUUCGGUGUAUUUCGAUGAUGCUCCAAUAUUUCGAAUCCCGGGGAGGCGAUACCCGGUGCAGAUUUACUACACAAAGAGUCCCGAGGCCAACUUCUUAGAUGCUGCUGUCGUCACUGCCCUGCAGCUCCAUUUCACUCAGCCCCCUGGGGACAUCCUGCUAUUUCUACCGGGCCAGCAGGAAAUCGAUGAGGCCGUCGAGGAGAUACAGAGACGCUUGAAGGGCCGCGGGACGGAGGCUGCGGAGUUGAUUGUGUUGCCCCUGUAUUCUUCUCUCCCAGGGGAUCAGCAGGCACGGGUAUUUGAACCGACCCCACCCGGGGCCCGUAAGGCCGUCUUCGCCACCAACAUCGCUGAGACCUCGAUCACCCUCGAGGGAGUUGUCUACGUGGUGGACUGCGGCUUCUGCAGAGAAAACCAAUACAGUGCCAAGACAGGGAUGGACGCGCUGGUGACGGUGCCUUGCUCAAAGGCAGCAGCGAACCAGCGGUCUGGCCGUGCAGGGCGCGUACGUGCUGGACAUUGUUUCCGUCUGUAUACCCGGUACUCCUUCGAGAAGGAGAUGGAAGAUGCAAAUGUCCCAGAAAUUCAACGAGCCAACCUCAGUCAUGUUGUACUCACCCUUAAAGGCCUUGGUAUCGACGAUCUUCUCAAAUUCGACUUCAUGGAUCCGCCAGCUCCAGACGCCCUCAUCAGCGCCUUGGAGCUCCUCUAUGCUCUUGCCGCCCUCAACGAUCAGGGGGAGCUCACAAAACUCGGCCGGCGGAUGGCUGAAUUCCCCUUAGACCCGAUGUUCAGCAAGUUUAUUGUGAACUCUGAGAAGUACGGCUGCGUCUCCGAGGCAUUGACGGUUUGUGCAAUGUUGGGCGUAGGCAACAUGCUCUUCUACCGUCCCAAGGACAAAGCCAUUCAUGCAGACAACGCCAGAAAGACCUUCGCAAAGCCAGGCGGAGACCCCUUGACUCUCCUCAACGUUUAUGAGCAGUGGCUAGAUACAGGCUACUCGGUGGCUUGGUGCUACGAGAACUUUGUGCAGCAUAGGUCAAUGCAGCGGGCGCGAGACGUGCGGGAGCAGCUUCAGGGGCUUCUGGAGCGAGUGGAACUCGAAGAGAAAUCCUGCGAGGGGGCUGAUGAGCCCAUCCGCAAAGCCGUAACCUCAGGCUUCUUUACUCAGGCAGCGCGGUUGAACCGCCACGGCAGUUUCACUACGCUGAAGCAUCCACAUACGGUGGAAAUUCACCCUCACUCUUCUUUGUUUGGCCAGUACCCGCGUUUCGUCGUGUACACGGAGCUCGCCCUGACAACCAAGGAGUACAUGCGCAGUGUCUGCGAAGUCAAGCCCGAGUGGCUUGCCGAAGUCGCUCCCCACUUCUACAAACAACAGGAGCUGCAAGUCGGCAAAAUGCCAAAGGCCCUUGGCAGACCCAAACAGGAAGAUACGCCCCUGGGGGCCGCCACAUAA